AAAUUAGUUUUCAUGUUGAGAAGAUAGAGAUAAGGAAACCCUAAUCAAGACCAGAUUUCUUCAUUGAGAAGGAGAAGAAAGAAGAUUGAGAGACGCCAUGAAAGAUCAAAAGUUGAAAUGCUAAAAGAGAGACAGAAAGUAGAGAGAGAAAGAGACAUGUUUGAGAAAAAGACUGGACCUUUCUUUGGUGGCUAUUCAGAUAUUACCUUGACAUGAUAGCUUUGAUCUUCUUCUUCUUCUUCUACUACUUUUCCUUAUCCUCUUAGUUCUGAAACAAGCAACUCUACCUGAAAACAAGUUGAUAAUCUUGAAUCAAGAAUGGCGUGAAAGAAGGUUUUGCAUGGCGAGUCAUAGAGUUGGAGAGACUGGUUUGUCAGACUCAGGACCUUCUCACCAUCACCAUCACCAUCAACACCUGCCAUACUCUGUUUUUCCUGCCUUUAAUCCUCCUAACACAGGCUUCAUUAAUCAAGAAGGAUCAGCCUUUGAUUUUGGGGAGCUAGAAGAAGCUAUUGUGCUUCAAGGAUACAAGAUCCAUAGUGAUGAAACCAAAUUACCUUUAUACACGACAGUACCAAGGCCAGCAGCUACUCUGGACAUGUUCCCUUCUUGGCCUAUGAGAGUGCAUCAAACCCCAAGAGGGAGCAAUUCAAGUACAGAUUCAGGAUCAGCAGUAAAUGCUGCAAUUGCAAGCAAACCAGAGACUCAUUCUCAUAUAGAAGCAGAAUCUCCAAUUAGCAGUAACAGUAGAAAAGCAUCUUCCGAUCCACAACAACAACAACAAGAAGCCAUUUAUCGACAACAACUGCAAAAUCUUCAGAUACCAACACAACAACUUGAGAUGGAAAGUGAAGGUGGUAGUCCUGUAACCACAGGAGGAUCAUCACAUUCUCAACAAGCUCCUAAACCCUUCUCUGAAAAGAAGAAGGGAAUUGGCUCAACAUCAGAGAAACCACUGGAUGUCAAGACGUUGAGGCGUUUAGCUCAAAACAGAGAAGCAGCAAGAAAAAGCAGGCUCAGGAAGAAGGCAUAUGUUCAGCAGCUCGAAUCUAGCAGAAUAAGGCUAACUCAACUGGAACAAGAUCUUCAACGUGCUCGAUCACAGGGGAUGUUCUUGGGAGGUGGAGGUGGUGGAGGCAACAUUAGUUCUGGUGCAGCGAUAUUCGACAUGGAAUACACACGAUGGCUUGACGAUGACCAGAGACAUAUGGCCGAGUUGCGAAAAGGAUUGCAAUCACAUUUAUCAGAUGGUGAUCUUCGUGUUAUAGUAGAUAGCUUUGUCGCACAUUAUGACGAGAUUUUCCAGCUGAAGACCGUGGCGGCUAAAUCCGAUGUCUUCCACUUGAUUACUGGCAUGUGGACUACCCCAGCGGAACGAUGCUUCCUCUGGAUGGGCGGUUUUCGGCCCUCCGAGCUUAUCAAGAUGUUGUCGAUUCAACUUGAUCCGCUUACGGAACAACAAGUUGUGGGGAUUUAUAGCCUGCAACAGUCAUCACAACAAGCGGAAGAAGCGUUAACGCAAGGGUUGGAUCAACUACAUCAGUCGUUGGUAGACACCAUCGCUAGCGGAUCUGUGAACGAUGGGGUCCACCAUAUGGCGGUUGCCCUCGGAAAACUUACGAAUCUCGAAGGCUUUGUUCGCCAGGCCGAUAAUUUAAGACAACAAACGCUUCAUCAAUUGCAUCGGAUAUUGACGGUUCGACAAGCGGCGAAAUGUUUCUUGGUGAUUAGCGAGUAUUACGGUCGCCUACGAGCCUUGAGUUCGCUUUGGGCGUCUCGGCCACGCGAGGCAAUGGUAAGUGAUGAAAAUUCGUGCCAAACGACGACGGAUUUGCAAAUGGUGCAAUCUUCACAUAUUCAUUUCUCAAACUUUGGAUGAUGACAUGAAUUGAGUGAUGAAUUGUUGAUGUUUUAUGAGCAUGUUUAAGCUACUGUAUUUCUGAGGAUAUAAUUAAAUAGUUUAUUCAGUUAUUUUCCCCUUUUUUUUAUUAUUUUAGUUUAGUUUUUAUUCUAAUUUAGAAAUUAAAUGUUUAACAUAUUUAUGACUCUGUUAUCUUGCAACUUAAAGUCGUUUUGACGAGUCA